ACAGAGGAACACUUAGGCUUCACAAGACAGAGAGAAAAAAAGAGAUUGGUGGGUCUGUAAGAGAAGGAGAAGACACUACUUCUUUAGUUCUUUAGUUUAGCUUUCACUGAAAGAAAAAGAAAGAAUGAGUUUGUGGGGAGCUAUGGGAGGAGGAUGGGGAGUGGUAGAAGAAGGUUGGAGAAAAGGGCCUUGGACUGCUGAAGAAGACCGCCUUUUGAUCGAUUAUGUGAGGCUUCACGGUGAAGGCCGAUGGAACUCUGUGGCUAGGCUCGCCGGGUUGAAGAGAAAUGGCAAAAGCUGCAGAUUAAGAUGGGUUAAUUACCUAAGACCAGACCUUAAGAGAGGACAAAUUACUCCUCAUGAAGAAACCAUCAUCCUUGAGUUACAUGCUAAGUGGGGCAAUAGGUGGUCGACGAUUGCACGUAGUUUACCGGGAAGAACAGACAACGAAAUCAAGAACUAUUGGAGAACCCAUUUCAAGAAGAAGACAAAGUCUCCAACUAACAAUGCGGAGAAGACAAAGAACCGUCUCUUCAAGAGGCAACAAUUUCAGCAGCAAAGACAAAUGGAGUUACAGCAAGAACAACAAUUGCUUCAGUUCAAUCAGAUUGACAUGAAAAAGAUCAUGUCUUUACUAGAUGACGACAACAAUAAUGGUGAUAAUACCUUCAGCAGCAGUAGUAGCGGCAGCAGCGGCAAAGGUGGUGCUUUCUAUGUGCCUCAACAGAUCAUACAUUCAACAACAAGCUCUGGUUGUGACCCAAAUACAAACGGGUAUUACCCGGUGGUUCCUGUGGUAAUACCCGAGCCUAAUGUGAAUGAAGAUAGCGCUAUUUGGAACGGUUUAUGGAAUCUAGAUUUUGAAGGACAAGGAAGUUUUGGUGGUGCUGCUUGUGCCCCAAGGGAGCACUGUUUCGGGAACAUGGCUAUUCCCUUCUGCUAACUUGACCUUUUAAAUAUCUUAUCUUCCGGAGAAUGAAAGAUAAUAACUUGACCGACAAGUUAGGUCGAGUUUGAGUUUAGUUUGGUUUCAUCUAUUUUAGAUUUUUGGUUUAUCAUAAGUAAUUCUGCUAUGAAUUGUGUGUGAUGUAAGAAGCUCGUUUUAGUUGUGCCAAGCUAAAAGGGUGAUGUAGUAGAGACAGAGACUAGAGAGUCUAUCCAAGAAUGGCUAUGUCAAUCGUUAUACAGCAGUACAACACAACUCAUUCCAAUAUAUCAAAUAAAAAAAUUGUUAUUUGGAUAUUUUAGUGAGAAAA